AUGUCGGUGCUUCUAGAGGUCUGCGCUGCCUCAUUACCUUCUGCCAUCGCAGCACAGGACGGAGGUGCAGCUCGGGUUGAGCUGUGUUCACUUCUAGAGACUGGUGGCAUCACCCCCUCCUAUGGCCUCAUAAGAGCAACAAGAAAGGCGCUGCAUAUCCCUGUCCACGUGCUCAUUCGACCUCGGAGCGGCGGAUUUGUCUAUUCCGAUGCAGAGAUCGAGAUCAUUAAACACGACAUCGACAUUGCAGGGCAGCUGGGCUGCGACGGUGUUGUGGUAGGUUUACUGACAAGCAAGCAAAAGGUUGACCCUCGAGUGGCGUCACUCGUGGACCUAGCCAAGCGCUGGGGCAUGAGCGUGACAUUUCAUCGUGCGUUUGAUGAUGUUGUCGACAUGCAUGAAGGGCUAGAGGAUGUCAUCAAGUUUGGAUGUGACCGAGUCCUGACAGGCGGCGGUCAGUCUACCGAAGAGCCGUCUGCGCGGGCGAGGCUACGAUCGCUCGUUGAACAGGCAGGUGAGAAGAUCGUGAUAAUGCCUGGUGCCGGCGUCACGUCGCUUAACGUGGAAUCUCUGCUCUUGGAGACCCGAGCUAAAGAAGUCCACGCGAGCUGCAAGCAGGUGUUAAUGAGCGAGGCAAGCCUCUUCCAAACGGAAAGAUGGGAGACGGACGAAACUACGGUCAGGGAAAUUGUACAGGUUUUGGCUCGGGUCAGCUAG